AAAACAGGACACAAAAGUACUACUUUGUGUCAGAAACCCACUUUCCCUUUCUAUCUUUCUUUACCUUCCACACAAUGACUUGAUCAAAACCCACAAUUCUCUGUCGCCGCCGCCGCCGAUCAUCAUCAUCCGCCGCCGCCGACAACCCACUUCUGGCUCACCGGUCAUGGAAGAUAUGGAUUCAGUUGCUACAAUGUUGGAGUCUACGAACUCCAAAAUACAACAACUUCAGAAAGCUUUUGCGGAGCUAGAAAGUCAUCGAACUGUAACACUCAACUUUAAAUGGAAACAAAUUGAGGAACAUUUUCAUGGGCUUGAAAAGUCGUUGAAGAGGCGUUUUACUGAGCUGGAAGACCAGGAAAAGGAGUUCGAAAUGAAAACAGUUGAAGCUCAACGAGUGUUGGAGAAGCGUUGUGCUGCUGUUAUGGCCAAGGAAGAAGCUUCAUUGGUUAGGCUUCAAGAGAAGAGAGAUGUUGCAGUUUCUGCUAUCUUUAAUGUUCUCGGGAAGAAGAAAAAUGGACACAUGGAAUCUGUAGCAGCUUCUGUUAUGGACGAAAAACCAUCUGAUUGUGAAGUAAAUGGUUUGAAAAAGUUAUUCGAAGCUGGUGACGUGAAGCUGCUAUCAAAUCCCCAGCUUUCUAAGUUAUGUGAGGAGAUGGAUGCAGAAGGACUGCACAGAUUCAUAUCAGAUAAUCGCAAGAAUCUUGCUUCCAUAAAGGAGGAGAUUCCAAUUGCGUUGAAGGCUGCGGGUGACCCUGGUGGUUUGGUUUUAGAUUCACUCAACGGUUUCUAUGUCCCAGAGUUGUCAAACUUAGAUGGGAAAAAAGAUUCGAAUCUGUUGGGUAUUCGCCGAACAUGUAUCAUGCUGAUGGAAUGUCUUAGCGUUCUGCUUGAACACCUUGAUGCAGGCACUGUUUCAAAGGUGAUAUCUGAAGAUGUGAAGGACAGAGCAAAGAUUAUUGCACAAGUGUGGAAACCGAAGUUAGAUGAUCUUAAUUUGGAUGAUAGUAAUGGCAACUCCUUGGAGGCUCACGCUUUCUUACAGCUUGUUGCAACUUUUGGUAUUCAUUCCGAUUUUGUGCAUGAAGAUUUAUCCAAGUUGAUACCGAUGGUUUCUCGGCGCCACCAGACAGCCGAACUUUGCCGCUUCCUUGGGUUGUCUGAUAAGAUGCCAGGUGUAAUUGAUGUGUUGGUCAACAGUGGAAGACAUAUUGACGCUGUUAAUCUAGCCUUUUCAUUCGAACUCACCGAGCAGUUUUCUCCUGUUACGUUAUUAAAUUCCUACUUGGCAGAGGUGACGAAAGCUCCUUCCACUGUGAAAGCAGGAAAUUCUUCUCCAAUGGCUCAGAUUGAUGUCAGCGAAAGAGAACUAUCUGCCUUAAAGGCUGUCACCAAGUGCAUUGAAGAACACAAGCUUGAAGAUCAGUACCCUUUAGACUCACUUCAAAAACGGAUCCUUGAGCUAGAGAAAGCCAAGGCCGAAAAAAAACGAGCGACAGAAGUUGUUAAACCUCAAUCCAAAAGACCCCGGGCCAAUGGUGUAGUAGCAGGAUAUGGCUCCCGCAACACAAACAUCACUGCUGACAAAAAUCUCUACGCCACCAGGUAUGCACCGCCAACUCAGUAUAUGUAUGACGGCAGACAACCCUAUGCUUACCCUGGACCACCCGAAAACCAUGUUCACUCGUUUAUCGGAACUCCUUACAACAUAGCUCCAAACCAUGGAACCUACUUCGGAAAUGGUUAUCAGUACCAAGCUCCUUAUCUUCACUAAGUUUGUAGGCAUGAUAAGAAACUUUGAUCAUGAUCCUUCUUAACUUCUAGGUCUUAACCCUUUUGAGUCAUUCCUAUGUUGAGCUCAAUUUGGAAAAACCAUGGAAAGCCGAAGAAAAAAAAAUGUAUGUUAGCCCUGUUGAUUUUGGUUUGUAUAAUUGGACAACCGUAUAAUACAUGUAUUGUUAAUGUUGUAAGUUCAGUUUGUAUUGUAUCGUAUACGUCAACAAAAAGCACAAUUCCACUAA